UCUAUCUCAGGUUGUUUACAUAUAUUUCAAAUUAUCUUUUACUUUUUUUAUAUCUGUAAAGUAAAGUAAACUCAAUGUUGGAUUAAGUGAUUAAGGGAUUUAUAGAAGUGUCAAAAACACAAUAUAAAGGGGAAGGGGGGGGGUUAUAUUUUUACGUCAUUUCAUUUUUUAGAAAAAUGUACCCUUUCCUUUCUUUAAAAUGUUUGAUGAUACUCUUUGUGUUCUAUUGUAAUUCAUAAUGUUUGCCCACAACUAUAUUUAUAUGUUAUGGCAACUGCUACAAAAAAGGAACGAACGAACCAAAACAAACACUAAUACAGGAAGAUAUAAGCGUGUAUCCUGCAGUAACCUGAAGGAGUACUGGAGAAGAGUAAAUAUACCAGAAGCUAAGGUAAAGUUGGCUCAAGACUGCUAUGUAUAUUUUAAUGUUAUCCCUUCUGACUCCAAGCAAAACAGAUGGCAGCUUAUUACUGAGAUUUGGUUUGGUUCUGCUUCCAGUAAGAUGUCCGUGAACUGCAUCAAGUUUGUACCUGGAGAAGAAUUUGAAACAGUUCUACCUGAUGGUAGGGAGUGCAGAGUCAUUAUUUUGAUUGAGGAUAAUGUAAUGACGAGUUAUCAGGUUCCUCUGUGCUCGGAGAAAUGUGAGAGUUCUCCAGACACUCUUGUAAUCAGACAAUUUACACAGGACGGGUUCAUUCUCAGAAUGGAGUGCGAAGGAGUGAUUUCAACGCAGGAGUUUAUAAGAUGCCUGGAGGACUCCUAGAUGUUUAUUAAUAUUAUUGUUGUUUUUUUUAAUUAUUUUGAAAAGUUGACUCAAGAAAUUGCUUGAUAUGGUGCCAGGACAAACUCCUGAAAGACAAACUC